GAGUGCGUCGAGCUUCAGUGUGGUGGGCUGCGGGCUGUGCGCAGAGACCGUGCGCUCCUAGCGGCCGCGCUGUUGAAACCCAAAGGCAGAAAGAGAGGAGGAUGUUGAACUGUAGAAUGACUGUACAUUUACAGCGCUGAGCACAUGGGUCUUUCGGGAGCUUCUUCUUGCUGCAAUAACACAACUUUCUGGAAAUGCACGAUAGCUGAAGUUUGGUUUGCUGCCGAGUCGUUUCUCCAACUAUGGAGACGUCGCUGAAGAUUUGAAAGGUGCCAGAGACGCGUCUCAAGGACCCGAUAACGAGCGGAGAAGUAUAGACACUAUGCUGUGUUUUCCAGUGUGGACUUAAAUUACCUUUCUUUCAGACUCUGUUCGUUACAGCGUGUACAGUAGGUCAUCUUGUCAAACAGCAGAGACUGCAGAGGAACUCACGGGGCAAGCAGGGAUAAUAUCCAAAGACCGAGAGUUUGGAUUCAAGGUUCGCUGUGUAUUUACAUCCCGCUCUGCUCCGGUGAAAUCGAGGAUUUACGCGCCCGCCGUGGAUGGUUAAUAUGCUAGUAUGGGUCCGCUAGCGUUCAUCCUUGUCAGUGGACUACUGUAUUUUCAAGUUGAUGGAUCCCGUCUGCGCCAGGAGGACUCCCCACCCCGGAUUGUGGAGCAUCCCUCUGACCUGAUCGUAUCCAAAGGGGAGCCCGCCACUCUCAACUGUAAAGCAGAGGGGCGGCCAACCCCAACAGUGGAGUGGUACAAGGAUGGAGAGCGGGUGGAAACAGACAAAGAUGACCCACGUUCCCACCGUAUGCUGCUGCCCACCGGCUCGCUUUUCUUCCUUCGCAUCGUUCAUGGACGACGGAGCAAACCCGAUGAGGGAGCCUAUGUCUGCGUGGCCCGGAACUACCUGGGAGAAGCUGUGAGCCGCAAUGCAUCUUUGGAAGUAGCAUUGCUGAGAGAUGACUUUCGACAAAACCCUACGGAUGUAGUGGUGGCAGCAGGAGAGCCAGCAAUCCUUGAGUGUGUCCCUCCCAGAGGGCAUCCUGAACCCACCAUCUACUGGAAGAAGGACAAAAUUCGAAUUGACGAUAAGGAUGACAGGAUCACUAUUCGAGGAGGGAAACUAAUGAUCUCCAACACAAGAAAGAGUGAUGCAGGCAUGUACAUCUGUGUGGGUACCAACAUGGUCGGCGAAAGGGACAGCGAGACAGCACAAGUCACUGUAUUUGAGAGACCAACCUUCCUCCGGAGGCCAAUCAACCAGGUGGUCCUGGAAGAGGAAACAGUUGAGUUCCGCUGCCAGGUGCAAGGAGACCCCCAACCCAAUGUACGCUGGAGGAAAGAUGACAUUGAUGUUCCUCGUGGGAGGUAUGAGAUCAAGUAUGACAAGGAGGACUAUGUGCUGAGAGUGAAGAAGGCUUCCAUUAAUGACGAGGGCACAUUCACCUGUGUCGCAGAAAACCGUGUGGGCAAGCUGGAGGCCUCCGCCACCCUCACAGUCAGAGCUCGCCCUGUCGCUCCUCCCCAGUUUGUCAUCCGUCCAAGGGACCAAAUCGUGUCACAAGGCCGUACUGCUACCUUCCCAUGUGAAACCAAAGGAAAUCCACAGCCUGCUGUCUUCUGGCAGAGGGAGGGGAGUCAGAAUUUGCUCUUUCCCAACCAACCCCAGCAGCCCAACAAUCGCUUUUCGGUGUCGCCCAGCGGAGCCCUGACCAUCUCAUCUGUGCAGCGGGCAGAUGCUGGUUACUAUAUUUGCCAGGCCCUGACCGUUGCAGGCAGUAUCCUCGCCAAGGCUCAACUGGAGGUCACAGAUGUGCUCACAGAUAGACCUCCGCCUAUUAUUCGCCAAGGCCCAUCCAAUCAGACCCUGGGGGUUGACAGUAUGGCGCUACUGAAGUGUCAGGCUUCAGGAGAUCCUAUCCCCUCCAUCAGCUGGCUGAAGGAUGGGGUCAGUCUACUAGGAAAGGACCCCCGCAUGUCGCUGCAGGAGCUGGGCAGUCUGCAGAUCAAAAACAUCAGGCUUGCAGACUCUGGGAUCUACACAUGUGUGGCCACCAGCUCCAGUGGCGAAACAUCAUGGAGUGCCUUCUUGGAAGUCAAAGAAUCAGGUGGAGUGAUUGUAAUGAAGAACCAUGAUGAUAAUGAGCUUCCAGGUCCACCAUCUAAACCUCAAGUUACCGAUGUCACCAAGAACAGUGUGUCCCUGUCCUGGCAGCCUGGGCUGGCUGGAGCAUCUCCUGUUUCCUCCUAUGUCAUUGAAGCGUUCAGUCAAUCAGUGAGCAACAGUUGGCAAACAGUGGCAGACCACGUCAAAACCACCCAGUUCACUGUCAAAGGUCUCCGUCCGAACACCAUCUACCUGUUCAUGGUGCGAGCUGUGAACAGCCAGGGCCUGAGCGAUCCAAGCCCCAUGUCUGAUCCUGUCAGAACACAAGAUAUAAGCCCUCCAGCUCAGGGUGUGGACCACAGGCAUGUACAGAAGGAGCUCGGCGAGGUCAUAGUUCGCUUGCACAAUCCUGUUGUCCUGAGUCCCACAACCAUUCAGGUCACAUGGACAGUGGAUCGUCAGUCCCAGUUCAUCCAGGGUUACAGAGUUCUUUACAGACAGACAUCUGGACUGCCAUCACCAGGACCAUGGCAGACCCAGGAUGUGAACGUCCCCUCAGAGAGAAGUGUGAUCCUCUCUGGUCUCAAGAAAGGCAUAGUUUAUGAGAUCAAGGUCCGGCCUUAUUUCAAUGAGUUUCAGGGCAUGGACAGUGAAUCGAGGACUGCAAGGACCACUGAGGAAGCUCCCAGUGCCCCUCCUCAGCAGGUAACAGUUCUGACCGUUGGAAACCAGAACAGCACUUCCAUAAGCAUCUCCUGGGACCCCCCGCCACCUGAUCACCAGAACGGCAUCAUCCAAGAGUACAAGAUCUGGUGUCUUGGGAAUGAGACGCGUUUCCAUGUUAAUAAGACAGUGGAUGCAGCCAUACGCUCUGUAGUGGUGGGUGGGCUGCAGGUAGGAGUAGUGUACCAUGUGGAAGUGGCUGCCAGCACAAGUGCAGGGGUUGGCGUGAAGAGUGAACCCCAGCCUAUUAUCAUUGGUAAAGAGUUUCGGGACGUGAUUAUACAUGGAAACCGGAACAACAGCAUCACAGAGCAGAUCACAGAUGUGGUGAAACAACCUGCUUUUAUCGCCGGUAUUGGGGGGGCCUGCUGGGUCAUCCUCAUGGGCUUCAGCAUCUGGCUGUACUGGAGGAGGAAGAAGAGAAAGGGUCUGAGCAACUAUGCAGUUCAGUCCUUCACCUUCACCCCUGCAGUGACAUUCCAGAGAGUUGAUGGGGGGCUGAUGAGCAAUGGAAGCCGCCCAGGCUUGCUAAAUGCCAGUGAUCCAGGCUACCCCUGGUUAGCAGACUCUUGGCCAGCAACCAGCCUGCCUGUCAACAGCAGCUCCGGGGGACCAAAUGACCUGAGUAACUUUGGUCGAGGAGAUCUCCCCACUGGACAAGGGGAUAAGACGGGCACCAUGCUCUCGGAUGGAGCCAUCUACAGCAGUAUAGACUUUACCACAAAAACCAACUACAACAGCCCUGGCCAAACAUCCCAGGCCACUCCCUAUGCUACCACUCAGAUUCUCCACUCCAGCAGCAUCCAUGAGCUGGCUGUGGACCUGCCUGAGGCCCAGUGGAAGGCCUCAUUGCAGGCCAAGCAGGAGAUGGCCAACCUGGGCUACUCCCUGCCCGACAAAAACUCCUGCAACAACACCCUCCUAUUCAUUCCUGACUACCGAUUGGCCGAAGGAUUGUCUAAUAGAAUACCACACAACCAAUCACAAGAUUUCAGCACCACCAGCUCUCACAACAGCUCAGAGCGAAGCGGCAGUCUCUCAGGUGGAAAGGGAGGAAAGAAGAAGAAAACAAAGGCUGGCUCUAAACCUACUAAAGCCAAUGGGUCCAAUUGGGCCAACGUUCCCCUGCCCCCUCCCCCUGUUCACCCUCUCCCUGGUACUGAGAUGGACCAUUAUCCCAAUGAUCACCACGACGGGGGAGGGUAUGAGAGCGAUGGUUGGGGACCGCCCAUGCCUGUGCAGACAUAUCUCCACCAGGGCAUGGAGGAUGAGCUGGAGGAAGAGGAAGAAAGGGUUCCCACCCCGCCUAUCCGGGGGGUCGCCUCAUCCCCUGCUGCUGUGUCCUUUGGACAGCAGUCCACAGCCACCCUGACCCCCUCUCCCCGAGAUGAGAUGCAGCCCAUGCUCCAGGCCCAUUUGGAUGAGCUGACCAGAGCGUACCAACUGGACAUGGCAAAACAAACAUGGCACAUGCAGGGAGGCUCUCUUCCUCCCCAGGCUCCAGCUCCUCCAGUGGGCUACGUGUCGAGCACAAUGGUUUCCGACCUGGAGACUGACCUGCCUGAUGAGGAGGAGGAGGAGGAGGAAGAUGAGGAGGAGGAUGAAGGCUAUGGAGCCAGGCAUCCCCGCGGAAUUGAGCACACACCAGGGUCUAGCAUGGACAACCUGGACAGCUCUUUAACAGGUAAAGGCUUGUCCCAUAGGCCUCGGCCCAGCAGUCCAUUUUCAACAGAUGGCAGCACAGUCGGCACACACAGCUUGGGCCACCAGAGGGCCACUAGGCCAACUCGCAAACCCAGAAGUCAGGGCACAACACCCCAUCGGAGAGAUGCUGGUGCAGACGACCUACCUCCUCCACCUGAGCCUCCUCCCUGUCAGGGGCAGGGCCGUAUCCAGGGGGCCCGCAGUAUAAACAGCAUGGCGCCCCCAACAGAUAGGAAGGCUUCUUCCCUAGAGCGCCCGCCUAUGUCAGGAUCCCUGUGUGGGCCAGAAGACGUGAAGAGCUCUAUUGACAGACAGACGCGCACUUCUUUGGAACAUCAUCGCCAGGUUCAAGACAGGCUGGGCUCUGCAGACCGAGCUGAUGAUGGCCGCAGGGGCCACAAAACAGAAGAGGGGUGUCUGCCAUACAGUAAACCAUCGUUCCCCUCCCCUGGUGGCCACAGUUCUGGCACAGGCUCCUCCAAGGGCUCAACAGGGCCACGCAAGACUGAGGGUCCACGACAACCACAGCAGUGGACCGCCACAGAGCAUGCUGAAUUUCUGGGGACCAACGGACAAGGACAGUACUCAGGAGAGUUAUAGUGAUCUGCCUGCAGUUUAAACUGGAGAGAACCUGUUCUCUCUUUGGAAGAGUGACACCCUCUUUGCCGGGGUAGUGAACUUUGUCCUUACCUGUGUGUUCUCAGAGGGAAGCAGUGCAGCAAUGAGAACUACGGAGAAAAACAGUGUCACAGAACUGUAAAUGCGAUGUAUAGACACAGACAUACUGUACAUCUCACUAUGUUUUUUGUCCUCAAGAAAAUAUUUUCCACCUCCUACCUUACUCCAAUUUUCUUUUUGUUAGAAAAAGGCAAGUUAAAAAAGAAAAAAAUCAAAACAUCUAUAAGAGAACAAAUUUUCUGGUAACUGCCCUUGAGGAAAAGGGGAUUUUGUUUCCUGUAAAUAUAUUCUUUAACUUGUUGUUGCAUUGCUAUGCAAGCCUGAUUCUGUUUGAGCUUUUUAUUUCCAUAUACAGGAACAGUUGGGUUUUAUCUGGUUAUUUGUAUUAUAUGUGAAAUGAGUGGCUGUUGUGCCAUAAAAUAAUUGUUUUAUAAUCCAUUGUUUGUUGAUAGCUACCAUUAAUUAUUAUCAUUAUUAUUAUUAUUAUUAAUUAUUGUUUUUGCACUGCAAUUUUUGGUGAUAAGCACAAAAAAACAUAGCUCCUGCUGACAUGAAGAACCGGAAGAAUAUGUGAAGAGGAGUUUCUGUACUGUAAAGUAGAGAGAAGAAAAAUAUAUGCUAAUGUACAGAGAGAUAUUAAAGAGUAAUGCUUUGCUCACAGACAGCAACAAAUAAGGCGCCCAUUUCCACAGUUGAGACAAAUUGGGUGACAGACACACAAGGUUUAGGUUUAACCCCUAAAAUAAUAGAAAUAUCUAGUUUUCGAUGUUUGGGAGCAACUCCAAGCAUUGGCUCCAUUCUAGUACAAGGGUUUCCGAGCAUUUCAAAUUCUGUUUCUUUUUUUCAUUUCUAUUAGGUUUUACUACCUAAAUAAUUCAGUAAAACAGCACACUUAGAAUAAAAUGGUUAAAAGGGAGGAGUCGCUGAAAUCUAUCCGCAUGCUGCAGUCCGGUCAGAGCACUUACAAAGGCAGAUUUGUGAUUCUUCUAUGGCCUUAAUAGGUAGGAAACACAAACAAAGGAGCAUUUAUUGUUAUUAGUGGUAAUGUUACUCCUAAAUCAUGAGUGGAACAACAGCAAUUGUUUACAUCUUUUGUGUGUGUUUUUUGUUUGUUUCAUUUUAUUGUCUUUUGGUUACUAAUAUUUUUUUAAUUGUUUGAUUUUUACAGCACUUACUCUUUGGUGUUUGUGAUGUUGUCACUGGGUACAGUAUGAUCCAGGAAAACAACACACCGACCUGCUGGGUUCAGCUGGGUGCUGUUCAUUAAUGAAAUCUACAGAAGCGGCGGUUGGCCUCCAGUAUGCUAAGAUCAGCACAGUCUUGUGUCAGUGAUGUUAAGGGAUAAAAAUGAGUGCGUAUGUUUUACAACGUAGCUGUGAGUGGAGCGAAAAUGGAGAAAGGCCUUGUAUAUUAACUGGUAGGUCUCACUGCCUCCAUGUGUGCAACCCGAGUGUGGAGCAGAACACUUUCUGUCUGCCCGACUGCCACAAAACACACACACUUAUCUUUUGCCGCUUUCGACUUCUCAGCCUCUAAUUCUUAAUUGUUGUCUUUUUAAAUGACUUUUUUUUCUUUUUUGGUUGUCCUUUUUUAAUGAGAAGCUUGUUUCUUUGUAUGCCUUUUAUGGACUCCAAAACGCUGCUUAAAACAAUGAUGUUUUCAAUAUUAAUGUUCAGGAUUUUUGUGGUUUAAUGACUGUUUGUUUUGUCUUUUUUUGUACUGCUAAUGUUGAUAAAGGGGGGGUGGGAAACUAAAGGCCAUCAGAUGCUGUUGUACUGUUGUCGUCAUGCCAUGUCAUUUUGUUUUUUUUACCAUCCACCCAGUGGCCAGUGUUCUGGAAAUGAGGUGCAAAGAGUAUCUCAGGUUAUUUUACAUUCUGGUGGUGUUUAUGUAUGUGUAUAUAUGUGUAUAUAUCCAUAUGCAUCUCCACUUGAUUAUGCCAUUCCAUUCUCAUUGACAGUUUAUCCCUCUCAUGUCUGAUUCUGUCUUCCCCUCUUUUCUUUUCUGCUGUGGACUUUGAGUAUAAUGUGCUGGUUCAUCCACCUUAAGAUGUCAGUAAAAGAACAUACCAAAUUAAGAUUGUCUAAUGCGUUUUAGUGUCUCUUUAAUACUCAUUGUUUUUCUUUUAAAUCACAGUGUCGUUUUGUAUUUAUUAAAAUGAUAAUAAAAGUAUAUUGUGAAAUAUGCAUAAAGAUUUGUGAGAUAUAAAAUGUGUUUUUUUUUUUUGUUCCUUGUAAAGUUUGGUGUCAGAGCCGAGCAGCAAGGCCAUAAUGAGAUGAAAGGCACACUGUGCUCACAGCAUGGUGAAGUGCUGGGUCAGUAGUCGUCACUCUUCGUCUUGCAUGUUCACUGCACUGCUCUUCUCAUGUCAAAACUAAAGAAACUUAAAACCCUUUCAACACAAGGAGUAAAAAUGCUCACAAUUUGCUUGACAGGAGACUAGAGAAAACAUCUUUUUGGAAGGAUAAAAGUGCUUUCCCUCUCCUUUGUUCAUUUUCUCAAUAUUGUUGGUUCUUUGUAGCCUAUCUGUGUGUUGCCUUUUUUGCUAUAAAAGAGGAUUAAAAAUGACAAAAAGAGAAAGGUGUUGGGUGAAGUCUUUCUGUACAGUAAAGGGUGAGGUCGACACCCUGAUCCAAUGCCAUUUCUACAGUACGAUACAUUCUCCUUUUUUUUUUCCUGUAAACCACCUUCUGUAUUCACUUGCAUGUCCAAGAAGAGAGUGGAUCAAGAAAAUAAACUUUUACAGCUUCAUUCCCACGUCCUGUAAGAUAAAUCCAUGUUCUUUUAUUUCCUUGUACCUGGAUCAAUAUCAAAUAAAAUAUUUUUGAAAA